AGGCCGCGAUGACGCACAGGCGUACGCUCAGUGGCUCCUCGGGGAAGAUGGCGGCUGCAUCUUUGAAGGAGAGGAAUUGAGAGUGGGGAGAAGGGAAGAGGACCAGACCGUAGAGGCGUUCCCUGCGGCGCCGAGGGUCGCCGCGCUCGCGGUUGGGAGCUCCUCCUGGCCCACCACGUGACCUAGAAGGAAUACAUCACCAUGGCUACAGAAAUUGGCUCUCCUCCACGAUUUUUCCAUAUGCCAAGGUUUCAACACCAGGCACCCCGACAACUAUUUUAUAAGCGACCUGAUUUUGCACAGCAACAAGCAAUGCAGCAGCUUACCUUUGAUGGGAAACGAAUGAGAAAAGCUGUAAACCGAAAAACCAUAGACUACAAUCCCUCUGUAAUUAAGUAUUUGGAGAAUAGGAUAUGGCAAAGAGAUCAGAGAGAUAUGCGGGCAAUUCAGCCGGAUGCAGGUUAUUAUAAUGAUCUGGUCCCACCUAUAGGAAUGUUGAAUAAUCCUAUGAAUGCAGUAACAACAAAAUUUGUUAGGACAUCAACAAACAAAGUAAAAUGCCCAGUAUUUGUUGUGAGGUGGACCCCAGAAGGAAGACGGUUGGUUACUGGAGCUUCUAGUGGAGAGUUCACCUUGUGGAAUGGGCUGACGUUCAACUUUGAAACCAUAUUGCAGGCUCAUGAUAGCCCUGUGAGGGCCAUGACUUGGUCACAUAAUGACAUGUGGAUGUUGACAGCAGAUCAUGGAGGAUAUGUGAAAUAUUGGCAAUCCAACAUGAACAACGUCAAGAUGUUCCAGGCACAUAAGGAGGCGAUUAGAGAGGCCAGUUUCUCACCCACGGAUAAUAAAUUUGCUACAUGCUCUGAUGACGGCACUGUUAGAAUCUGGGAUUUUCUUCGUUGCCAUGAGGAAAGAAUUCUUCGAGGUCAUGGUGCUGAUGUGAAGUGUGUAGACUGGCAUCCAACCAAAGGGUUAGUCGUUUCAGGAAGUAAAGAUAGCCAACAGCCAAUCAAGUUCUGGGAUCCCAAGACUGGGCAGAGUCUUGCAACACUUCAUGCCCAUAAAAACACAGUGAUGGAAGUGAAAUUAAACCUCAAUGGCAAUUGGCUCCUCACGGCAUCUCGUGACCAUCUCUGUAAGCUUUUUGAUAUCCGAAACCUGAAAGAAGAGCUUCAAGUGUUCCGAGGUCACAAGAAGGAAGCCACAGCUGUAGCCUGGCAUCCUGUUCAUGAAGGACUUUUUGCCAGUGGAGGAUCUGAUGGGUCUUUGUUAUUCUGGCAUGUUGGGGUUGAGAAGGAAGUAGGUGGGAUGGAGAUGGCCCAUGAAGGAAUGAUCUGGAGUUUGGCUUGGCAUCCUCUUGGACAUAUUCUCUGCUCAGGAUCAAAUGACCAUACUAGCAAAUUCUGGACUCGAAACCGGCCAGGUGAUAAAAUGCGAGAUCGAUAUAAUCUGAACCUUUUACCUGGCAUGUCUGAAGAUGGAGUAGAGUAUGAUGACCUGGAACCUAAUAGUCUGGCAGUGAUCCCAGGGAUGGGAAUACCAGAGCAACUGAAAUUAGCUAUGGAGCAAGAACAGAUGGGGAAAGAUGAAGCUAAUGAAAUUGAAAUGACAAUUCCAGGCUUGGAUUGGGGAAUGGAGGAAGUAAUGCAAAAGGAUCAGAAAAAAGUUCCUCAGAAGAAAGUCCCAUAUGCAAAGCCCAUUCCUGCUCAGUUCCAGCAGGCCUGGAUGCAAAAUAAAGUUCCAAUUCCUGCUCCAAAUGAGGUCCUGAAUGACAGGAAAGAGGAUAUUAAAUUAGAAGAGAAGAAAAAAACACAAGCAGAAAUUGAACAAGAAAUGGCCACAUUACAGUAUACCAAUCCACAGCUUUUAGAGCAACUUAAAAUUGAACGGCUUGCACAGAAGCAGGCUGAUCAGAUCCAGCCUCCUCCCUCAUCUGGCACCCCUCUCCUUGGACCUCAGCCCUUUUCUGGUCAAGGCCCAAUAUCUCAGAUUCCUCAAGGUUUUCAGCAGCCUCAUCCAUCUCAGCAGAUACCAAUGGUAGCUCAAAUGGGGCCUCCAGGUCCACAGGGCCAGUUCAGAGCCCCUGGACCCCAGGGACAAAUGGGACCACAAGGCCCUCCAUUGCAUCAAGGAGGUGGAGGACCACAAGGAUUCAUGGGACCACAAGGACCCCAGGGUCCUCCCCAGGGACUGCCACGGCCUCAGGACAUUCACGGUCCACAAGGAAUGCAGAGGCACCCUGGACCUCAUGGCCCUUUGGGUCCUCAAGGGCCACCUGGACCUCAAGGUAGUUCUGGUCCUCAAGGUCAUAUGGGUCCUCAGGGUCCACCUGGACCACAGGGUCACAUUGGCCCCCAAGGUCCACCUGCUCCUCAGGGCCACAUGGGCCCACAGGGGCCUCCUGGUACUCAAGGAAUGCAGGGGCCACCUGGUCCCAGAGGAAUGCAAGGGCCUCCUCAUCCUCACGGGAUGCAGGGUGGACCAGGGUCUCAAGGAAUCCAAGGUCCGGUGUCUCAGGGACCUCUUAUGGGACUGAAUCCAAGAGGAAUGCAGGGGCCUCCAGGACCUCGGGAGAAUCAGGGUCCUGCUCCUCAAGGGAUAAUGAUUGGCCACCCACCUCAAGAGAUGAGAGGACCUCAUCCUCCAAGUGGAUUGUUGGGCCAUGGCCCUCAGGAAAUGAGAGGUCCCCAGGAGAUGCGGGGCCUGCAGGGGCCUCCACUACAGGGAUCAAUGUUAGGUCCUCCACAGGAACUACGCGGGCCCUCAGGUUCUCAAGGGCAGCAGGGGCCGCCUCAGGGCUCUUUGGGACCUCCACCCCAGGGUGGCAUGCAAGGACCCCCUGGACCUCAGGGACAGCAGAACCCGGCAAGAGGGCCACAUCCAUCUCAAGGGCCAAUACCAUUCCAGCAGCAGAAGGCACCUCUGCUAGGUGAUGGGCCCCGGGCCCCCUUCAAUCAGGAAGGACAGAGUGCAGGUCCCCCGCCCUUGAUACCAGGCCUAGGGCAACAGGGAGCACAAGGCCGCAUCCCUCCUCUGAACGCUGGACAAGGACCUGGCCCCAACAAAGGUGACUCUCGAGGCCCUCCCAACCAUCACCUGGGUCCCAUGUCAGAGAGGCGGCAUGAGCAGAGCGGUGGCCCUGAGCAUGGACCAGAGAGAGGCCCUUUCAGGGGUGGCCAGGACUGCAGGGGACCUCCUGACAGGCGUGGCUCUCACCCUGAUUUUCCCGACGACUUCAGCAGACCAGACGACUUCCAUCCUGACAAGCGCUUUGGCCACCGGUUACGGGAAUUUGAGGGACGAGGAGGACCCUUACCACAGGAAGAGAAAUGGAGGCGAGGGGGCCCCGGACCUCCCUUUCCACCUGAUCACAGGGAAUUUAGUGAGGGGGAUGGCCGGGGUGCAGCCCGAGGCCCUCCAGGGGCAUGGGAAGGCCGAAGACCUGGAGAUGAACGGUUUCCCCGGGAUCCUGAUGACCCACGUUUUCGAGGGCGCAGGGAAGAAAGCUUUAGAAGAGGAAAUCCCCCAAGACACGAAGGGCGUGCUCCCCCAAGAGGGAGGGACAACUUUCCUGGUCCUGAUGACUUUGGUCCAGAAGAGGUUUUUGAUGCUUCCGAUGAAGCAGCCCGAGGACGGGAUCUCAGAGGGCGUGGCCGUGGCACCCCUCGAGGGGGAUCCAGGAAGUGCUUACUACCCACUCCUGAUGAGUUCCCUCGAUUUGAAGGAGGACGGAAGCCAGACUCCUGGGAUGGAAACCGAGAGCCGGGACCAGGUCAUGAACAUUUUCGUGAUGCUCCCCGCCCUGAUCAUCCCCCUCACGAUGGCCAUUCACCAGCUAGCAGAGAGCGCUCCUCUUCUCUCCAAGGCAUGGACAUGGCCUCCCUACCACCCCGGAAGCGCCCCUGGCAUGAUGGGUCAGGCACUUCUGAACACAGAGAGAUGGAGCCCCAAGGAGGCCCCUCGGAGGACCGGGGAAGCAAAGGCCGAGGGGGCCCAGGACCUUCCCAGAGAGUGCCAAAAUCCGGGCGUUCCAGCUCUUUGGAUGGAGACCAUCAUGAUGGAUACCACAGAGAUGAACCUUUUGGUGGCCCUCCAGGCAGCAGCUCGUCUUCUCGAGGAGGCCGGAGCGGCAGUAACUGGGGUAGAGGGAGUAACAUGAACUCUGGCCCUCCCAGGAGAGGCUCUUCAAGGGGUACUGGGAGGGGUCGGUAGGAGGAGAGCUGAGUAGCCCUUGGCCUCUCUGGAUAGUAUUUAAGAAGUUCUUGUGGUGGACUUACUACGCGAAGCAAAAACAAGCCUUUACCACUGAAGCCCUGAACUCUUCUUCCGGGGCAGCUGAGUUCAAGGAGCCCGUGUUUGAGAUGAAGAGACUGCUGCCAACUCCCCAGGGUAGUUGGCCCUGUUUUGUCUUGUCCACCCUCGUUGCCCUAACUCUCCCAUGUUGUUUGUGAAGAUAAAAGCUGGAAUCCUUUUUUUUUUUUUUAAGUGUCAUGAGAAAUGGAGCACCUCCACAAAGUUAAGUUCAUGUCCAAUUGGAAAUUUCUAUAUGUACAGUUUGUCAGAGGAAAAAAAAAAACCUUGUUUUGUAUGAAUACAGAAUGUGAUUUACUCAAGAAUUAACAGAAACAACUGGUUGUGUAGUGCUCGCGGAGGGAGUGCAUGGUUUUUGUGCAUCCAACCUGGUGAGAGUGCACUUACUACUGUCACGACAGAUGACGUUCAGUUGUCAACUCUGUGCUUUUCAAAUAAUUUUUAUCUUUCUGUUACACUGUUUUUGUUAUGCAAUAAGGAAUACUUUAAAAAUUGCUCUGACGUAGUUCAAGAAGGCUCAAAACCUCAGACAUGCUCUACAGGGUGAAAAUUUACAUUGUUGAGAAACAAAUCUUCUGGGUGUUCAACUAGAGGCUCUCCCUUGGAUGCAUCUCCUGGCAGUUUAGGUUUGAAUGGUCUUGUCUUCAUUGGGAGAGAAACCAGGUGUAAAUGACUUAACCACAUGUAUCUUAUCAUGCAAUUCAAAGGAAGUGGAACAAAGUUAUAUACGUUUUGGAAAACAAUCUCCUCUUCCACAUUCACUUUGUAGAGAUUUCAAGAUUGAAGGUAGAAGAUAGCAUUAGCCAGAAAGUUCUUUGAUGUGACAAAUUUCUUCCUUUAAAAAAAAAUAAAAUAAAAUGCUGGGUGUGGAGGCAAAGGCAAGCACGUCUCUAAGCUCAGCCUAGUCUACAGAGGGAGUUCCAAGACAGCCUUGUUUACACAGAGAAACCCUGUCUCAACCCCUCUCCCCCAAGGAAAGGCAAAGAUAGGGCCUAGAGAGAUGGCUCAGCAGUUAAGAGCACAUAUAGAGGCUGGAACUCAACUCCUAGCUCUUACACACGCACAUCCUCUUUUUUAAAAAUACCCAUCUAUAAACUAGCAUUUGGGAGGUGGAUCCAGGAGGAUCAGAAGUUCAUUGCCAUCCUUGACUACAAAGUAAUUUUCAGGGCAACUUGGGAUACCUGAGACCUUGUCUCACUACCUCCCUCUCAAAACCCCCGAAAGGCUCAGGUUGAAAAGUCAAUUUUUCAGUUUGAGAUACCCCUUCCGAUGCUGCCUUCUUCCUUUUUUUUCUUUCUUUCUUGAAUGGAUGUUUUGCCUGUGUUCAUGCCUGUGUACCAAUUGUGUGACUGGUGUCUGUGGAGACCAGUAAAGACUGUUAGAUCCCUUGGCACUGGAGUUACAGACAGCUGUAAACCACUACAUGGAUGCUAGGAACUGAAUCUGUGUCUUCCAGAUGAGCAGCUAGUGCUCUUAACCACUGAGUGGUCUCUCUACCCUGACCACUGGUCUUUCUAAGAAAGGUCACUCCUGGAGCUGCUAACCUCUCCUUGCAUUACCAGCGUUUUGGCCCAUGAAGACAGGUUUACUGGCAAUUUGAGUGGUUCUGGACAUCUCUGGUUGCUUAGAAAAGACAUACUGACACAGUUGGUCAGUGCACAGAACUCUUCCCUAGCUCUCUGUGGGUAUGGAGUGAAGAAAUGUUGAUUGUUUGGGUGCUAGAAUCUGAAGAUUUCAAGUUAACAAUUUCCUUCUUAAUUCAAAAAUAAAAAUGUCAGCACCCACACUA